CGGCGCAGGCGCAGUCAUGACGCUUUUUGUCCAGCGGACGGCCGCCGCUGCUUCUCUUUCUUUGCCUCGCCACUUCUAGCCACCGCCUGGAAGGCGGGACGGCCCCUCCCCUCCCUCGGGCCUUUCCCAAUGCCGGCCGGGACUGGCGCUGACAGGUGGCACAGGAGCGCCGGAUGGGUGCCCUUCCGCCUCAGGAGCCGAGCGUGACGAGACUCCAAGCAGUGGUUUUGCUGAGAGACUGAACAUAAGAAUGUUAUCAGACCCAAGGCCCAUCUGAUCCAGCAUCAGUGACCAACCAAAUGUCCAUGGGAAACCCACAAGCAGGAUAUGAGCGCAACCAUACUCUCCUCAUUUGUGUUUCCCAACAACUGGUGUUUCAAGGCAUUCUAUCUUUGAUAUUGUACUGCAAUGGCUGCAGGAGUCUUGUUGCAAAAUGAAUUACCUUAUUGUUCUCUGGUAACGAACAGUGCAUAUCUUGCAGCCAUGAGUUCAGGAAGGUCUAGGCGUCCAACUGCAAAAUACACAAAAGUUGGAGAACGCCUUCGCCAUGUCAUUCCUGGUCAUAUGCAGUGUUCCAUGGCGUGUGGUGGCCGUGCCUGCAAAUAUGAAAAUCCAGCUCGGUGGAGUGACCAAGAACAGGCUGUUAAAGGGCUUUACUCUUCCUGGAUAACAGAUAAUAUAUUAGCCAUGUCUCGACCAUCAACAGAAAUUAUUGAAAAAUAUAAUAUUAUUGAGCAGUUUCAGAGAUGUGGCAUAAAAACAGUAAUUAACCUUCAGCGUCCUGGGGAACAUGCUAGCUGUGGGAAUCCACUGGAACAAGAGAGUGGUUUCACCUACCUUCCUGAAGCUUUCAUGGAGGCGGGAAUCUAUUUUUAUAACUUUGGAUGGAAGGAUUAUGGUGUGGCUUCUCUCAUUACUAUCCUUGAUAUGGUAAAAGUGAUGACUUUUGCCUUACAAGAAGGGAGAGUAGCUAUUCAUUGUCAUGCAGGACUUGGCAGAACAGGUGUUUUAAUAGCUUGUUACUUGGUUUUCGCAACAAGAAUGACAGCAGACCAAGCAAUCCUUUUUGUUAGAGCAAAAAGGCCUAAUUCUAUUCAAACUAGAGGACAACUGUUGUGUGUAAGGGAGUUUUCACAGUUUUUGAUUCCUCUAAGGAAUGUUUUUGCAUCUUGUGAACGCAAAGCACACGCAGUGACUCUUUCCCAGUACCUGAUCCGGCAGCAGCAUUUGCUCCAUGGUUAUGAGAGCAGACACCUCAAGCACGUGCCAAAACUUAUUCAUCUGGUUUGCAAACUGCUGCUGGAUUUGGCUGAAAACCGACAUGUGAUAGAGGAGAAACUUAUAGAUAUACCAGACCUGUCAGCUGAAAUUGAAGAGACUGUUUCCCAGUUAGCUGCCACACAGCUCGAUACAGAGUUAACAAGGCAAGAUAGUGGUACUUCAGAGCCAUUCUGUCUCUCUGGAUCAAAUCCUCUUCAUCCCAACAAACAUGAAUGUGAUCCUCUUUGGAAGAGGAGGAAUGUUGAUUACCUUCAGCCUCUGAGUCGUGCAAAAAGGCGCCUGAGCUAUAGCGACUCAGAUUUGAGAAGAGCUGUAUUUGUCUCUGAGCAAGGAGAGACACCAUGGUCAGUGCCUGUGCAAAUGCCACUCUGCAACAGAACAAACCCACCAACCAAUGUGGACAAUUGUCAAACUUUUCGGGUUGAAUUCAACCAAGACCUCUUAGUUCGUAGUACAUUUACUUUCUCAAGUCAAGGUAAAAUUAAUUUAGAUGGAAAGGAAGGUAAUUCUCCACAUUUCCAUAAAAGUAGAUAUCCAAAAGAAGUACAGCGUAGUAAAACUUUUUCUUCAGGUCUUUCAUGUAAUCGGAAGGAGGAAGAAGAGGAGGAGGAGGAAGAAGAGGAGGAGGAGCUAAAAGCACUAAACUAUAAUUGUGCCAGAAAAACUAAUAUUUAUCGUAAAAAAAUUUGGUCCUCUGAGGACUCAGACUCUUCUAAAGCAGAAUGUGAGAUCCGUGAUAUUAGAGAGAUCUCUGAAACUAUCCCCCAUAUUGUUGUGCAGUCAGAACUAAGUCUGGAGGCACGAAGAGCUUUGACCGCCAAGGCCCUUGCAGAUUUAAAUGAAUUUGUGGGAGCAGAAGAAAUAGAGCAAAAAGUGGAAAUGUGGCAGAAAGAACUGAAUUCUCAAAAUGGAGCCUGGGAUAAAAUAUGUACUGAGAGAGAUCCUUUUAUCCUCAGUAGUUUGAUGUGGUCCUGGAUAGAACAACUUAAAGAACCUCUUCUAACAAAAAAUGAUGUUGAUGUUUUAACAAAAAACAACAUAGACCCUCAAGAAGCACUUAAAUUACUAGAAAAGGAAAAAUAUCAUACUAUACUGUGUAUUUUAAAUUGCGUGGUACAUUUGCAGACCAUACCAACAGAUGUGGAGGAACAUCUUCUUAAUCGUGCCAUUAAAGCAUUUACAAAGCAGGUGAAUUCUGACUCUGAAGGUGGAUCAUAUGUUUACAGCAUUCUAAAGAAUAUCUUCGGACAGAUACUGGAACACAAAAGACAAUGCUCCAAUGAACAAAUGGAAAACCUCUUUUGAUGUUUACAUUCUAAGCUAUAGUUUUCUGCAGCAUUUCAAGACCUUCAUUUACCAUCUGUUGUUAUAUUUUGUAUUCCUUGUUUUCUGUUAACAAUGUUUUUGUUAAUGUUGGUUAUUAAAUAACUACAACUAAUUCUAUCUUUGUAUGUACAUAAGUUAAUAUUUAAUGAGUUGCCAUUUUGUGUCCGUAUUGUGGCAUUUUUUAUUUGACUGUUUUGUUGUAAAAUAAUUUAUUGAUUUUUAGAAAGUUUCUCAUUGAUGUGCUGUUUUUCCAACAUCAAGUUAUUGCUGUAAAUUCAGUGCCAUGUUAUUCAAUGGUUUAUUUAGUUGGUGUUUGUAUAUUAACACUAAGUAUACAUGAUGAAGUUUACAACAAUGGUAUUACAUUUUAGUUUGCAAUGAGUACACAUUGACUUAUAAUAAUGUCUGUUGUACCACUGUAUGGCUUUUUGUUGGGAAUCAUAAAAGAACUUAUUAUAAUGCCAAAACAAACUUGUAGGAAAAAAUAUAAACAUAACGUGCAGCAUAGAGAUGAGCAAUCAACAGCUCAUAGAUCCUUCUUCAAAAAUAGACUUUUAAACACUAAAUAAAUUUAUAAUUCUCCAUGUUUGUGGGGGAAACUGAAAUGUGAGAGCUGUACUAUAAUGUCUUAAGAGACCAUAAGAUAAAUAAAAAUUAACAGUUUGUUUUUUAAA